AUGUAAGAAUCAGAAACUAAUUAAGUAAGCUAAUUUGAAAGUGAAGAUUAAUCUAAUCCAGCUUGUCCAAAUAAACCUAUAAUCCCUUAUCUUCUUCAAAAGAGCUUUGUUUAAAAAUCCGAUAACGCAAGUUAUCUAAAUUGGUAAUAACCUGAUUCGAAAAGAAAUAAGUCAUCUUUGGCUAUGAUUGGAACUUCAUAUAGCAAAUCAAAGUAGCAUGAAUGCUGUGAUAGAUUUGAAUAAAUUUCAAAUGCUCAAAGAAAGGCUGUUUAAAGUUAGAUCCAAACAAUGACUUAAUUGAAUUAGCUAAUUCUUGACCAUUCUAAGUUAUUGGAAGAUAUGAUAGGAAAGAAAAGGGAGGAAGCUGAUAAAAAUAAAUCAUUAUCUGAUUAGUCUGAUAUACAAAAGGAAGUCUCUGAAAAAGAAAGGAAAUAUAAAGAAUGGAAAGAAAAGUGUGAAAAAGAAACAUAAUAAAAUUAAUAAAGAGAUCAUAAAAUAAAGUAAUCUUGAAUUAAUAAAUUAGAGAAUUAAAGAAAAAACUAACAGAACUUGAAGAACAAUCAUAAAAGUCAAGCUAUACUAUUUCUUUAAAUUAAGAAGUUGAAACAUGGAAAAAUAAGUUCUUAAAUCUUACUAAAUAAAAUAAUGAAACAUAAAAAAAAUUAAAAGAAUAUGAGGAUGAAUUAGAAUAAUUGAAAUAAAAUAAAUCUUUGAGAGAUAGUGAUGCUUAAGUAAUAUAUACUAUAUAUAUUAUAGUAAUCUACAACAACUGUGACAACAACUAGAAAAAGAGGAACUGUAAAAUUAGCAGAACAAAUUUAAUAAUGA